AUGGCCGAACCAUCACGUGUUACUUUUAAACUUGGCGGUAUCAAACGACCUGCUCUUAAUAAUCUUGCAUCAUCAUCUAUUCAAUUUGAGUCAUCCACAACAAAUAAUAAUGAUGAACCAGAAAUCGUCACCGGUUUUGAUAAUGGUACAAUUAAAAGUAGUACACCAACUGUUAGCAAAAAAGAACUUGUUAUUGCUGCUCAACCAAAUGCUCAUCAUAAAUUUUUUAAACUUAAAACAAAUCAAAAUAAAACAGCUGUGUCAAAUACAACAUCAUCAAAUGAAACGGUCAAUUCCUUAGACGAUGAUGCAAGACGUGCACUUAUUCGUGAAGCUCAAGAAGCUAAUGAAACUUGGAAUGAACGAAAUGAAAAUGGAACUAUUCAUGUACAUACUAUUGAACAAGAUUCUGUUAAUACAUUUAUGAAUAAUAUUACUAGUGAUGAAAAUAUAAUUGAAGAAAAAGAAAUUGAAAAUGCUGAUUAUGAACAAGUACCUAUUGAAGAAUUUGGUAUGGCUGUUCUACGUGGUAUGGGUUAUAAAGAAGAUGCUGGUCUUGGUAUAUCAAAUAAAAAACAAGUCAAUGUAUUUGUACCAGAAACUCGUCCUCGCGGUCUUGGCUUAGGUGCUGAUAGAAAAAUACUUGAAAAAAUUAAUAAAUUAAAACGUAAUUUAAAAAAAUCUGGCAUUGACGAAAAAGAUGAUUUAUGUUUUGAAAAAGGAGCUUUUGUUCUUAUUGAAAAAGGUCCUCAUCGUGAUCUAUAUGGUACAAUUGAAUCAAUUGAAGAAGAUGUUACACGUAUUACUGUUUCAUUAGCUAUUGGCGGUACAAAUAAGAAAAAAGAAACAAUAAAUAUAUCACAAUAUAAUGUUAAAUUAGUAACUGAAAAAGAAUUUCUUAAAUAUAGUAAAUAUGUUAAUAAAUCUAAAGCAGAAAAAGUCGAAAAAGAAACAAGUGAUCGAUUAAUGAAAGAUUAUUAUCAACAAGACAAUAAUAAAGAUUAUAAACGACGUCGUUCACCUGUUAAAGAUGAUGACUAUAAACAUAAUCGUUCAUCUAAGAAUGAUGAUUAUGAUCGAAAACAUCAUCGUUCAUCAAAUAAUGAUAAUUAUGACCGAAAACAUCAUCAUUCUUCUAAUGGACAUCGACAUGAAGAAUCAAGUAAAUCUAGAAAACAUUAA